AUGAGUGGUAAGCCAGACUUGUCUGAAGUGGAGAAGUUUGACAGGUCAAAACUGAAGAAAGCUAAUACUGAAGGAAAAAGUACUCUCCCCUCGAAGGAAACUAUCUAGCGGGAGAAAGAGAGUGUUCAAUCAUCGUAA